AUGGGUCAGUCGCAUUCCAAGAGCAACGCCGGGUCGGGCGACUCGUUGCAAUCAUACCCGUCCUUUUCGAAAUCCGAUACCAAGGAAUCUAUUCGCUCCUUCCGAGGUUCGAUCCGCUCGAAGAUCCCUGGUGCCCGUGGCUCCGACAGCCCCCGGGGUUCUACAACUGCCCUUUCACAUACAGACAGCCUAAAUGAUAAGUCCGAUGCGGCUUCGACAAAGUCGGUUGGAAGCCGACCCGGCUCCAACGCCGGCCUUCCCCAGUCUCCCGGUUCAGAGGGUCCCUCUCGCUCGGGUUCUCCCGAGCCCCCACCGUCACCUUCGCUGUCGGCGAGCUUGCAGCGAGGCCAUAAAGAUGUGAGCGCGAUGAAGCAAAGCGGCGAGGUGGAUACUGUCUCAGAGGGCCCGCUAACAGGUGCACCAUCAACCACUCCUGUUGUGGGUGAAUCCAUCUUGAUCAAGCGUGAAAACCAGCUAAAUCCAAUCUUGGAUUUUAUAUUGAAUGCUCCUCUUGAGACUUCUGGCUCCCCAGGGAUGGGUAUGGGCGCUCUGAAGUCCAUUGACUUGGACGACAUGAUCUCACGGCUCCUGGACGCCGGUUAUUCUGCUAAAGUCACCAAGACUGUUUGCCUGAAGAAUGCCGAGAUCACUGCUAUUUGUUCAGCAGCUCGAGAGCUCUUCCUUUCGCAACCUGCUCUUUUGGAGCUGUCUGCACCUGUCAAGAUUGUUGGCGAUGUCCAUGGUCAAUAUACUGAUUUAAUUCGCCUCUUCGAGAUGUGUGGUUUUCCACCUGCAUCAAACUAUCUCUUCUUGGGUGACUAUGUCGACCGAGGAAAACAGAGUUUGGAAACCAUUUUACUGCUCUUGUGCUAUAAGCUCAAAUACCCAGAAAAUUUCUUCUUGCUUCGCGGCAAUCACGAAUGUGCUAAUGUCACUCGUGUUUAUGGAUUUUAUGACGAAUGUAAACGACGAUGCAAUAUCAAAGUAUGGAAGACAUUCAUCGAUACUUUCAACUGUCUUCCGAUUGCUGCAACUGUUGCAGGCAAGAUCUUCUGCGUCCAUGGCGGACUGUCUCCGAGCUUGUCACAUAUGGAUGACAUUCGGGGCAUUGCCCGGCCCACCGAUGUUCCAGACUAUGGACUGUUGAAUGAUCUCCUGUGGAGUGAUCCAGCAGACAUGGAGGAAGACUGGGAGCCUAAUGAACGCGGUGUUAGCUAUUGCUUUGGCAAGAAAGUCAUUAUGAACUUUUUGCAACGACAUGACUUUGAUCUAGUUUGCCGUGCUCACAUGGUUGUCGAAGAUGGAUAUGAAUUUUACAAUGACCGGAUCUUGGUAACCGUGUUCUCGGCUCCGAAUUACUGUGGCGAGUUCGAUAACUGGGGAGCUAUCAUGUCUGUAUCUGGAGAGCUUCUCUGUAGUUUCGAGCUAUUGAAGCCCCUGGAUUCAACCGCAUUAAAGAAUCACAUCAAGAAAGGCCGUAACAAGAGGAACAGCAUUAUGAGUAGUCCGCCUGCCAUGACUUCCGCCCAGAGUUACUAG